AUGUCUGGGUCGACCUCGCCUCAACAAUCUGUUCCAACUUUAUUAUACUCGCAAAAUUCUCAACAACUCGAUCAUUACGAGAACAACGAUGACAACAAGACCGUUCAGAUUAAAUCCGAGUAUGACUACCGAUACGACAUCGAUUCCACCGUUUCAAGUGUAGAAUCGUCUCCUCACAUCGUUGCCGCAAAUGAAUUCGAAGCAUCAUCUCAAUUCACCACCUACAAUUAUCCUCCUCCUCUCUGUGAUGAUUCUUCCAGUGAACCUUUAUCUUCCGCCACUUCUACCACCGUACCCACGGGUGGUGAUCUCACCUUUGCCUUGUCUCCAGAUUCCCUCUCCCAAUAUUAUAGCAUCAUUCAAAGUACCCCCCUCGAUCAAAAUUCCGGGGUUCAACCUUCCUUCACCGAUCAAAUGAGGUUCAUCAUUUACGAGCCUCGUCAAAAUGAUAACGUUUCACUUAUGAACGCUCCCAAUAAUUAUCAGAUGCCAAUGUGGCAGUUGCCUUUAUCGACUUCGGGUAUCGACAACAGACCAAUCACGACGGUUGCUUCCUCUCAGAGUUCUCUAAACUUACCUUUCGAUUACUCUCAAAAUCAAGUUUUGGUAAAUCCCGCACAGAUUAAUCCUCUUCCUCCGGUAUCAUCAUCUUCAUCGCAACAGCAGCAACCCCUUCAACCUCCUCAAACGCAACAACAAGGUCAGCCACAAUCGCAGCAGCAGCAACAGCUCAUCAAGUGUCCGCAUGAGGAUUGUCCAAAAACCUUUAGCAGGUUAUAUAAUUUAAAGGCUCACUUAAGAUCUCACUCCCCGGCUCGACCAUAUCAAUGCCCAAUGUGUCCAAGAUCCUUCUCGAGGAAGCAUGAUUUGCAACGACACAUUCGAGUUCACACCGGUGUUAAGCCUUAUCAAUGCCCAUGCUGUCGAAAAGCGUUCGCUCGUACAGAUGCACUUCGACGUCAUUUUAAGAUGGAAGAAACUUGCAGGAAUUCACCUGAGGUUCAAAACAUGAAGACGAGAAGAAGAUACUCUGAGAUGCAUUAA